UGAAAAAAAUCUGCGCAAUAAGUGGAGAGGGGAAAAAAAUGGUCAGAAGAUAAUGGUUGGUUUAAAAAAAAAAAAAAAGGACAUGAGUUGAUUGUAUUUCCUGGCAUCACUGUGUAACAAGGAGGGGAAAAAAUGAGAGACACUGGAGACGCAGGAGACAGUGGACACACAAACAGCAAAUCUGAGAAGGACCAGAGCUGGAUCCCCAAAAUUAUCAAAAAAAGAAUUUGUUCCACCUUUGUAGAAGAUUCUUUCAGUAAUGGCGCUCUCUGUCAGUGUGGGGGGACGAGGGACACCCAUGCCUCUGUGGCUCUCGGAGACUAUUUCAGCUCCGCCAUUGUCAACCAUUGGGACAGUGCCCAGCACUCCUCUGAGUGCCCGACGGAUGCCUUCGGAGAGUUGCAGUUUGCAGGGUCCAGCAAGAGACACAGCUAUUUCUUGCGUCUGUCGUGGGACACACCCCCGUCUAUGGUCUACACCUUAAUGACAGCCCACUGGGAUCUGCCUGCACCUAACCUGGUGGUCUCCGUAGUGGGAGGAGAAGGCAGGACGAAGGUGAAGACGUGGGUGCGUGAAGUGCUCAGGCAGGGACUGGUCAAAGCCUCACAAAGCACAGGAGCUUGGAUUCUGACAGCGGGUCUCCGAGAAGGGGUCGGGCGUUGCGUCGGAGAGGCGGUGAGGGAUCACGCCACCGCAGCGUCCUCUGUCUCCCUUAACAAGGUGGUGGCACUGGGGGUUGCUCCCUGGGGGCUCGUUCACAACCGGCAGCAGCUGGUCAAUCCGCAGGGCAGUUUUCCUGCCAAGUAUCACGUCCAGAACAUGAGCCGGGACUCUUGCUGCCUGGAUAACAACUACCAGGCCUUCCUGCUGGUGGAUGACGGGAGUGUGGGACGCAGAGGUGGAGAGACGGGCUUCAGAGCCAAAAUGGAGGACUACAUCUCCCACCAGCGCACGGGCAUUUGGGGCAGUGGAAGCAUCGACAUCCCUGUUCUAUGCAUGCUGGUUUCAGGUGGUGCCAGCCUGCUGGAGAGAGUAGAUCUGUCCCUGAAGAACUCUAUGCCUUGGUUGGUGCUGGCGGGCUCAGGAGGCAUGGCCGACUUCCUGAGCGACGUCCUGGUGAACCUGUCAUCAGCGCCAGUCGCCCAGUCCUCCGGUGAGGGUGAUGCUGAAGCUACUCCCAGCAUGGACCUGAAAGACAGAGUUGCAGAACGGGUUCGGAAAUACUUCCCCUCUGAAGUGGAGACGGACAAACUUGUUGAGCGUGCUCUGAGCAUCUACAACAACAAAGACCUGAUCACCAUCUACCAUGGAGAGCAGGAGGGUCCUAAUGAAUUUGACACAGUCCUGCUCAAAGCUCUAGUGCAAGCAACUAAGCAGCGCGUGUCAGUGGAACACAGCCCGUAUAAUGAAGAGCUGAAGCUGGCGGUCACAUGGAACAGGGUGGACAUCGCUAAGAGUGAACUCUUCAAUGGAGACAUCCAGUGGAGGUAUGAAGACUUGGAGGACUCCAUGACAGACGCCCUGAUCAACGACAAGCCUCAUUUUGUGCGCCUCUUCACCGAGAAUGGCCUUAACAUUGUGGACUACUUGACCUAUGGCAGGCUGGAAAGCCUCUACAGAUCAGUGGCUGAUGGGACGCUUCUCUACCAUCUACUCCAGCGCCGCCUAGUGGAGCGACUUGGUUCACCGCACUCGCAGGAUUCACCUCACAAAGUCACUGCUGAGAGCAUCCAAAGUGGACCGGCGACAGCGCAGAGCCUUUUUGAGGUGUCAAGAGUGCUUGAACUGCUGUUGGGGGACGUCUGCCAGCCUUUCUAUUUUGAUGUCUUGGGAUUGGAACAGAUCACAUCCAAGAGGAGGGCAAUGAAGCGUGCCAGUAAGCUGCUGCGUGGAGAUUGUUUGUAUCGAGAGAAACGCUGCCUCUAUCCCUGGGCUUCGCUCUUCAUCUGGGCUGUCCUCCAGAACCGCAGCGAGAUGGCAACUUUCUUUUGGGAGAUGGCAGGAGAGCCCGUGCUGAGUGCUCUGAGUGGAUGCAAGAUGCUGAGGGUACUUUCCAAACUGGAAAUUGAGACUGAAACCAAACUUUCCAUGAAAGAGUUGGCCCAGAAAUUUGAGAACCUGGCACACGACGUCUUCAGCUCUUGUUACCGCAGCAACGAGAGUCGAUCCUUCACCCUCUUGAUUCGCAAAUCUCCGGUGUGGGGCGGCACCACCUGCCUCCAGAUGGGAAUGGGUGCAGAUGCUCGGCUUUUCUUCAGCAAUGACGGAGUGCAGUCGCUGUUGUCCCAGAUCUGGUGGGGCGACAUGAAGAGGAACACAAAGGUGUGGAAACACAUCCUCACCUUCUUCUGCCCCAUUCUCUGCUACACCAAAUUGAUUUCCUUCAGGAACCAAGAUGACUACCAACAAGAUGGCGACGCAAAGCCCGGCGACGAUGGCGUGGGUCGAGACAGUGACAGCAACUACGGCACCACCGUCUUCUCAUUCUCCGACAUUAAGCACAUUGAAGCAGAUGCACAAGGAGUAUACACUCCCAGGACAGCGACCAUCAGAGGCAUACCUCACAAGUUGAGACCUCCAGAGCGGCCUUUUAUCGUGUCAAGAUGGCGUCAAUUCUGGUUCGCGCCCGUCACGUCCUUUUUGGGCAACGUCCUUAUGUACUUCCUCUUCCUCCUGCUUUUUGCCUAUGUGCUGCUGGUGGACUUUAAGCCCCCGCCACCCGCUGGUCCCGCCAUUACUGAGCUAGUGCUGUACUUCUGGGUGUUCACCAUCGUGUGCGAAGAGAUCCGAGAGACCUUCUUCUUAGGUACGAUGACUUUGCGCCAGAGGGUCAGGGUCUACAUUAAAGAUGUGUGGAACAAGUGUGACCUCGUCGCCAUCAUUCUUUUCGUCAUUGGACUAGUGUGCAGGAUGUUUAAACAGACCUAUCAAUUAAGCCGGGAUGCUCUGUGCCUGGACUACAUGGUCUUCACCCUUCGCCUCAUUCACAUCUUCGCCAUUCACAAACAGCUGGGACCAAAAAUCAUCAUAGUUGGAAAGAUGAUGAAGGAUGUCUUCUUCUUCCUCUUCUUCUUAAUGGUGUGGCUAAUGGCAUACGGAGUGGCAAAUCAGGCUCUGAUAUACGCCAACGACCCCAACCUGGAUCGCAUCUUCCGCCGGGUUUUCUACAGGCCGUACUUGCACAUUUUUGGACAGAUCCCCGUCGAAGAAAUGGACGUGGGAAAGCAGUGGGACAUGCCGUGCACCACCAAUGAGACGCUGGUUGGCGAGGGUGCAGAGCCGUGUCGGACUAUGUACACUAACUGGCUGGUGGUAAUCCUGCUGGUUGUUUACCUGCUGGUCACCAACAUCCUGCUCAUCAAUCUUCUCAUCGCAAUGUUUAGCUACACCUUCUCCGAGGUGCAGGCCAACAGCGACAUUUACUGGAAAUUCCAGCGCUACAACCUCAUCGUUCAGUAUCACUCUCGUCCUUCGCUGGCGCCGCCCUUCAUCAUCCUCUCUCACAUCAACCUCUUUAUCAAGAGGACCAUCCGCAAAGUGCCCUCGGUCAAAGUUCACCACUUUGUGUUGAAGUUAAAGGGGAAGGCGGCGAACAAGCUGAUGACUUGGGAAACCAUUCAAAAGGAGGACUUCCUCACUGCUCAGAGCAAGAUCCAGAAGAGCAGCGACUCGGAGAGGCUCAAGCGCAUGUCUGCCAAAGUGGAUGGGGUGAUGAAACAACUGACUGAAAGCAGGGACUUGGACCACAGGCUGAGGGCUUUGGAAAGUGAGAUGGAGUAUUGCUCCAAUGCUCUGAGCUGGAUUGUUGAUACUUUGGCUCAAGGCAGCUCCUUCAAACCUCCACGGCCUCCCCCGACAUUAAGAGAUGCAUUCCCGUCUUCUUCUACCUCUUGAUAACCCAACUUUGGUGAGGGCUGAGAGACUGAGUUUUUAUUUAUUUAUUUUAUUUUAAUUUUUUUUACCUUGGCUGUUGCCAUGCCAUAUGUACAUUUUCAGAAUGUACUUGCCAGACUAUAUUAUGACUGGCUUCAAUAGUACAAUGAAAAACAGCUGUUUCAUUGUCACAGUGUUGAUGAGUACAACAUGGACAGUAAAUGCUUUUUAAAAGGUCAUUUAAUGUUUGCUCCUCAAAUGUUUUUAUAUUUAUAUUUUUCCACUGCAUAAUGUAUAAACAGUAUGUAACACUUGAAAAAUGGUUUGACACAGGGGGUGGGGCUAAAUGUAUUGCAUGGUAAUUAAUUGUUUACAUUCAUUGCUGAAUAUUUAUGUUACAUUUUGGAUGGAUUCUCACUUUACUCUUUUUACUGCAGUGUGAAUAAAAUAUGUGCACAUUUACAA